AUGCAAAGGUUUGAGAAGAUGAGCAAGAUAUCCCGAGAUACGCUGCACGAGUGCAUCUCCGAAGUGUUGAAGUAUUCACAGGAGAAAAAAAGAAAGUUCCGUGAGACCGUUGAAUUGCAAGUGGCCUUAAAAAAUUACGAUCCGCAGAAGGAUAAGCGUUUUAGUGGCUCUGUCAGGCUCAAGACUGUACCACGACCGAAGAUGAAAGUUUGCAUUUUGGGUGAUCAGCAACACUGUGAUGAAGCUAAUAACAAUAAUAUUCCAUGUAUGAAUGCAGAGGACCUGAAAAAGUUGAAUAAGAAUAAGAAGCUAAUUAAGAAGUUGGCUAAGGGUUACGAUGCUUUCUUAGCUUCUGAAGCUUUGAUUAAGCAGAUCCCGAGAAUAUUGGGUCCUGGUCUGAAUAAGGCAGGCAAAUUUCCAACUGUUGUAUCUCACUCUGAACCGUUGGCAGCAAAGGUUGAGGAAAUCCGUUCAACAAUUAAGUUUCAAAUGAAAAAGGUGCUUUGCCUGUCGGUGGCAGUUGGGCAUGUGGAGAUGACGGAGGCAGAGCUUGCGCAAAAUAUUUCACUUUCGGUGAACUUUUUGGUUUCACUGCUUAAGAAGAACUGGCAGAAUAUUCGAUCCAUUAAUAUUAAAAGCACUAUGGGUCCUGCACAACGUCUUUAUUAA